AUGAACAAGUCAAGUCAUGUUCAGUCCAUUCGAGCAUUCUUCCAAUCUCAUCAGCAACCUAUCAACAACCAUCAACUCAAGACCAAGCUCACUGCUCAUCCACUCCGACCAACUAUACAUCGGAACCCAAGCUGGAUCACUCUACAUCUACUCAAUCAAGACCACCAACCAAGCCACUCUCAGCAAGUCAUUCAACAACCUACUAGCCAACUCAAACCCAAUCGACUCACUCUGUCUCAUCAAGGAAAUCAACUCACUCGCCAUCCUCUCAGCGGGCAACAUCACCCUCCAUGAACUCAACCAACUCAAACUGCAAUCAAACUGCCAACGAUGGACCAAAUCUCAAGCUUCAUCAAUCUACCUCCAAACCAAUAUCCUCAGGCAGAAUGACGACCAGCAACUCAUCCAAACAACACCUACUGAAGAUCAAACUCACAUCCCAGUACUACUCUCGAUCCUAGCCGUCCCAUGUAAACGCAGACUGCUCCUAUUCUUCUGGAAGGAUGGCCAAUGGAUCGAUCCCAAGGAGAUCAAUCUGCCUCAUCAGGUUCGAUCACUCACCUUCGCAACCCCUCUCAACCUAUUCCUAGGCUAUUCAACUGGCGAUUAUGCGACCAUCAAACUCACCAUACCCUCCAACACUCAACAACCUAUCACUCACCAGAUCUCAGACCCAUUCCCGUCACCGAUCGCCAAUCUCAUCAACAACCGAUCACUCAGCAAUGACUCAGUCUCUCCGAUCGCAGUCUCAAAUUCAUCCCCCAAGGUCAGCGGACUCUCCAGCUUGGCCUUCAAGACAACCGGUCUCGUCAGUCUCGGCCUCGCUGGCUCUCAUAAGGUCGCACGGAACUCGGUCCUCAGACUAGGCCCACCAACCGAUGAGCUGAUCGGUAUCAAGGAACAGAUAGCCACCUUCUUAAACCCUCAAGGCAAACUCACUCGACCUCAAACAGUCCACUCAGGCCCCAGUACGAUCCCAUCCAGCAUCCUCUACCCCAUCCCACCCUCUGAGACUAUCGUCAGAUCGCCCUAUCUACUCUCGCUCCUACCCACCAGCUCGACUAGCACAUCUCUCUUCGUUCAUUCCAUCCCCACCCUCUCCCAUCUUCAAACACUUCCACUCCCCGAUCAAACAACUCAGGAAUCAGAGAACAAAUCAUCACUACCUUCUACUACUCAAACCUCAUCCCCUGGAAAGAAACCUUCACUCGAACCUCCCUUCAGCUCCCGCCCUCCAAACCGUCAACUCUUAACCGCAUCUCCUAAUUCUGGCCCCAUCUUCCUCAUCGGCUCGCAAUGGAAUCCGAUCGAAAACAACUUCCAAUAUCAGCUCGAAUGUUUACAGAUGAAACCUUGGCCUGAUCAAAUCCAGCAAUUGAUUGAACUGGGAGAAUACGAAGAGGCACUAGGCUUGAUGGAAGGACUAGAUGAAAGUCAUCUACCCAACAAAGCCCAAUUGCUGAAGAAACUGAACGCGUUAUGUGGGGUGAUCGAUUUCUCCAAAUACAAGUACGAUCGCGCAAUCGAUACCUUCAUCAGUUUGUCGAUCAAUCCGGCAAAGGUAGUUGCACUCUAUCCGUCUGAGAUAUCGGGCUCGUUAGGGAAAAAACGGGAAGAAUGGGAGGAGUUAUUUGGGGGACGAAGUGCGGAGAGUUAUCGUAGUAAUCCCCUUGUCGGUCCCCGCCCGGCAUCCGAGUUGGUUUACCCUCCUCAUCUCAGUCGAGCAGGUUCAGACAUCGGCUCGAUCCCACGUAGCAUCUCCCAUCUAGGUAAUAACCCGAAUGUGGUUGAUGACGAUCGCCGAUCUAUCCUCUCUGGCCCUUCAGCAGCUCCUACCAAACCCAAAAUGGGAGAACCCAGUCUCCAGAGAACAGUCCUUGAAGAGAAGAGCCCAGAGGAUCUGCAUUUCCGACCCUCAGUCGAGGUUUUAAUCCGAUACCUAACCGACCGAAGACAACAAGUGAACCGGGCGCUGGCGGCAAUCCAGGAGCGUCCCGAGAGCGCUGAGGUGACAGACCGGCCCGGCACCAGCCCAUCCGAUAUUAUUCAACCGUCAGUCGAGUUGGAGGACCGGCCGAUCGCGGAGAUCGAAUCUUUUGAACAGCUCGUCCAUGUCGCCAAAGUCAUCGACACCGCCCUCUUCAAGUCUUAUCUGGCUCUUAGACCCACCAUGCUUGGCCCUCUCUGUCGACUCCCUAAUUGGUGUGAGGUCGAACUCGUCGAAGGAUUGCUUAUGGAGGCUAAGCGUUAUCAUGAGCUUCUCGAUCUUUAUCAUGGUAAAGGACAACAUGCUAAGGCUCUCAAACUGUUGAAAAAAAUGGCGAUGAAUGAGGAGGACGCGAUGACACAGAUCGAGCCGACGGUCCGUUACCUCCAAAAACUAGGAUCGAAGCAUAUCGACGUGAUUCUUGAGAGCUCGAAAUGGGUAUUCUCGCUAUGCCAAGAUCAAGAAGAAGAAGGAGGGCCAGGAUCGGCGAUGGAGUUGAUCAAAGCCGGCCUAGAAAUCUUUGUCGCCGACCUAUCCGCAGUUGACUCCCUGCCUAAACCCCUCAUUGUCACCUUCCUCGACCACCUUAAAUCUUCGACUCCUAUCCAACUCUAUCUCGAAUUCAUCGUCCGCUCCUUACGUCUUCAGGACUCUAGCUUUCAUGAGAAAUUGAUCCAGAUCUAUUUACUCGAGGUUAACCGUUUACGCGGCUUGGGUAGCCUAGAGAGUGGACAAGAGAUCUACAAGAAACUGUUGGACCAUCUCGAGGACUCAAGCAGUUAUUCCCCAAAUUGGGUGUUAGGAAGAUUGCCACCAGAUUCAAUGUGGGAAGCACGGGCGAUCACCUUAGGGAAAAUCGGCCAACACGAGACCGCCUUGCGGAUCUAUGUGGAACGACUCAAUGAUAUCCGCUUGGCAGAGGAAUACUGUCAACGGGUUUACGAGAAGAAUGGGGCGGUUGAUGGAAGUGUGUUUCUGUGUCUCUUGAAGAUCUGCCUCAGGCCGAAUGUGUCUAUUGUUGAUAAACAGAGUGAAGAUGAGGAUGAAGAAAAAUCAGAGAAGGAAGAAGAAGAAGAAGAAAAAUCAGGAGAACAACAACUACCAGAAGAAGAAAAACAGCAAGAAGAAGAGAAUGAGUCAGAGGAGAAGUUGAAUGAAGAAUUAAAAAAGAGACGAAAAGGAAGGCCGAGAUUGACGAGCAAAGAGCUCCUGGAAAGUGGAAUCAAGAUGAUCAAUGAGCAUGGACACAAGGUGGUCGAGAUCGAAGCGAUCGUCGAGCUGAUUCCGCCCCUCGUCCAGCUCAACCGGCUCGACCAGUUCCUCAUCCAUGCGCUCGACCAUCUCCAUACUUCCAUCCAGCUCCAACUCGUCCUCAGAAACUCCCUCCUCUCUAGACGCGCUUCGCUCGCCAUGGCCGCUCAGGUUCUCGCUAAUCGUAGGGUUAAAAUCGACCUUAAACGACUAUGUAUAGGGUGCGGGAAACGAUUAGGUAACACUGUUAUUGCUGUUCAUCCGCCUUUUGGAGAAGUAACUCAUUACCAAUGUCAAGACAGAUAUAAUAACCCACAUUUACGUCGCUUAUAAACUUUUUUCUUAACUUUGAUUGUUUAUACUGUACAUCUUCUUAACCCAUCACCCUCACCUCAUGAAAUCACACGCAUACACAUACACAAAUUCUCUUGUUUUUGAUUUGUAUCCAGACCACACUUCAAAGCAAAGGAAGAACAAAAAGUAGUGAUCCUUUUCCUUAAAAACGUAUGUGACACAGCUCCUUCUGCUUGUUGUAGAUAUCUUUGGGUGACUUUGUUGUAGUACUUGGGUUGAAGAGAUUGAUGAUGCAUCAUUAAUGAUUUCAA